AAACAGUGUUGUAACUUUCUUCCCAUAAUCUCUUACAAUUUCCUGCGUAUUUUUCUGUGAUCGAGUCGACGAUAUGGUCGGAAAAGGUGAAGGACCAGCAAUUGGAAUCGAUCUAGGUACGACGUACUCGUGCGUCGGGGUAUGGCAACAUGAUCGUGUUGAGAUAAUUGCUAAUGACCAGGGGAACAGGACAACGCCGUCUUAUGUUGCUUUUACUGAUACUGAACGUCUGAUCGGUGAUGCUGCUAAGAAUCAAGUCGCGAUGAAUCCCAUCAAUACCGUUUUUGAUGCUAAGCGAUUGAUCGGCAGAAGAUUUACUGAUUCUUCUGUACAGAGUGAUAUGAAGCUAUGGCCGUUCAAGGUCAUUCCUGGCCCUGCAGACAAGCCAAUGAUUGUUGUUACUUAUAAAGGAGAAAAUAAGGAAUUUGCAGCAGAGGAGAUUUCUUCAAUGGUUCUCACAAAGAUGCGGGAGAUUGCAGAGGCUUAUCUUGGCACCUCCAUCAAGAACGCUGUUGUCACUGUCCCUGCUUACUUCAAUGACUCUCAACGUCAAGCUACAAAGGAUGCUGGUGCAAUUGCUGGUCUCAAUGUGAUGCGGAUAAUCAAUGAGCCAACAGCUGCAGCUAUUGCAUAUGGUCUUGACAAGAAGGCAACUUCUUCUGGGGAGAAAAAUGUGCUUAUUUUUGACCUUGGUGGUGGUACUUUUGAUGUUUCCCUUCUCACCAUUGAAGAGGGUAUUUUUGAAGUGAAGGCUACAGCUGGUGACACUCACCUAGGAGGUGAAGACUUCGACAACAGGAUGGUGAAUCACUUUGUCCAGGAAUUCAGAAGGAAGAACAAGAAAGAUAUUAGUGGAAACCCAAGGGCCCUCAGACGAUUGAGGACUUCAUGUGAGAGAGCGAAGAGGACUCUCUCUUCUACCGCUCAAACAACCAUUGAGAUCGAUUCUCUGUUUGAAGGUAUUGAUUUCUAUUCAACCAUCACCCGUGCCCGAUUUGAGGAGCUCAACAUGGAUCUUUUCAGAAAAUGUAUGGAGCCUGUUGAGAAGUGUCUGAGAGAUGCCAAGAUGGACAAGAGCACUGUCCAUGAUGUUGUUCUCGUAGGUGGAUCUACCAGAAUCCCGAAGGUACAACAGCUUUUGCAGGACUUCUUUAACGGAAAGGAGCUUUGCAAGAGCAUCAAUCCCGACGAGGCUGUUGCUUAUGGUGCUGCUGUCCAAGCUGCUAUAUUGAGUGGUGAAGGUAACCAGAAGGUGCAAGACCUCUUGCUUUUGGAUGUGACUCCAUUGUCCCUUGGUUUGGAGACUGCUGGUGGAGUCAUGACAGUGCUCAUUCCAAGGAAUACUACAAUUCCCACCAAAAAGGAGCAAAUAUUUUCGACCUACUCUGACAAUCAACCUGGUGUUCUAAUUCAAGUUUACGAAGGGGAGAGAGCAAGAACUAGGGACAACAACUUGUUGGGGAAAUUUGAACUUUCUGGCAUUCCUCCUGCACCCAGGGGUGUCCCCCAAAUCAAUGUCUGCUUUGACAUUGAUGCAAAUGGCAUCUUGAACGUCUCUGCUGAGGAUAAGGCUGGUGGUCAGAAGAACAAGAUCACCAUAACCAACGAUAAGGGAAGGCUGUCAAAGGAGGACAUUGAGAAGAUGGUACAAGAAGCUGAGAAAUACAAGGCAGAAGACGAGGAGCACAAGAAGAAAGUGGAAGCAAAGAAUGCGCUCGAGAAUUAUGCAUACAACAUGAAGAACACCAUUAAGGAUGACAAGAUAGCCUCGAAGAUUCCUGCAGAUGACAAAAAGAAGGUGGAGGAUGCUGUUGAGCAGGCUGUGCAGUGGUUGGAUUCAAAUCAGCUUGCAGAGGCAGAGGAAUUUGAAGACAAAAUGAAGGAGCUGGAGGGUAUCUGUAACCCUAUUAUUGCUAAGAUGUAUCAAGGUGAGGGGAUGGGUGGUGUCCCUGAUAUGGGUGCUGAUGGGAGCGGUGAAGGUCCCAAAAUUGAAGAAGUUGAUUAAGUCUUGACAUGUCUUGUGGUUUUGUGGCUGGUGACGGAUAUCUUGUUUUUUGGUAUUUGGUGAAAGACUACUUUCUAUAGUAGUUGUUUUUGAUGUUUGAAUGUUUUGGAAAUCUAAACAUCAAUGGAAAAGCACAUGCAAUUAAUAAUCCCAAAAUUGUCAACCCCUGUUCCUAUGCAUGCAUACGUUGGCAGUGCGAUCUGAGACCAGGAGUCGAAACAUGAGCGAGUGUCAUCAUCUAAUUCUGAAUUGCUGUUACUAGCUAGUAUCUUUGUUAUAUUACCUUCCCCCCUCUUGACUGCCCGUCAAUUUUGGUUGCAAGUCUCGAAGAAAUGUGAGGAGUGGAGAACUGAUACUGGGACCCUGUUUCUUUUAGCUUUUUCUCGAGUUUUAUUGAUUUUCACGCAUAGAAGUAACUUGACUCUGUUGCUGCUCAAGUUUUUAAAUUUUUAUUGAAAGUUCGGUCUUUUAAGCAUGUUUGAAGAAUGUAUCUGGUUGAAAGAUAGAACUCUGACCAUCAAAUAGAGAUGUCCAUGGGUACCGGGGUGCUCCAAUGCAUGUUAGGAAAUAUGAUUGCAUAUUUGCAUGUCCAAUGUACAAAGUCGGGUUUUUUUACACGUCUUCACACUUGAAUACGGUAGUCUAACUUUGGCACACGCAGACAACUAGAUCCUUCGAAAUGAAUUGGGUUUCGGCUAAUUGGACAGACACUUUUCACUUGAUGUCUUUAUGCUCGGUGUGUCAAAUUUCUGGUCAAGACAACCCAGCCUUAUGCCUUUCAACUUUCAAACAUGUAGGUUGUUGGUUUGGGGUAUUAUUUCAGUUGGAAGUAACUUGUUCAUCUUAUGUGCUUUUUAAUAAUCUUAGGAUUCAGCUACCGUGUUAGAAAAAGCUCUUCUAAAACCCUCAUAGAAAAUUUUAACACUAAUAUUUAUUGGAGUCCAGAUCAAUUGGGAGUCCCUUGAUAACUACUUGAUAGACAUGAAAUUUUUGGGACUUUGCCAUUCACCAAG